UCAGAUCUUCCUAAGAAAACGCUCAGCUCAAUAUUUUGCCAAAUUCUUCUACAGUGGGAAAUUCAAGAUGAAGAUAUCACCUUACAAUGUGUUAUAAAUAUGUCUAGUGUCGAACUACUAGUGAUCGCCUUAGUAUUACUUGUGACUUGUUCAGUCGCGGAACUUGCCACCGAAUUUACGGAAGCCAGUGAGGGUAGUACCGCCAAUCUGCCUUGCGCACUUUCCGCUGCCGACUAUCCGGACAAAAUAACGAACAUCUUGUGGUAUUUGGGUGCAGAGGAAACGCCGAUUUAUAAAUUCGAAUCUCGUGGUAACUAUAAUCAGCAUACGCCAGCUGAUGCACUUAAAGAUCGGUACUUUUUGCGCGUUCUUGAAAAACAAGCGUUGCUUUCAAUAUCACCCCUAAUGACUUCUGAUGAAGGGGUGUAUCAUUGCCGUGUCGAUUUUGAGAGGUCGCCUACUAAGAUUACUCAUGUUAAUUUGACCGUUGUUGUGCCCCCGACGAGUGUCCAACUGAGUGACAGCAUGGGACCGGUGAAAAAAGAUGUGACCGAAGCCUAUGCGGAGGGUGCAAGUUUAACACUUGUUUGUACAGCAACCGGAGGAAAACCGUUAGCAAAAGUAUCAUGGUGGAGAAAUCAAACUCUAUUGACAGAUGAAACGCAAUACCUCGUAGAUCGUGCCAAAUCACAAAGCACCCUAAGAAUAGAAAAAUUAACAAGAUCUCACUUAUUAGCAGUUUACAGUUGCGAGGCCAACAAUAGUAAGCGCCAACCUCCGCUGGUGGUUCGUGUUGCUAUAGACAUGUACCUGAGGCCGCUUGAGGUCAACUUAAUAGGAAAUAGUCAGCAAUUUAGUGCUGGAAAAAAGUACAAUAUUACUUGUGAAACGAAAGGGUCUCGACCGCCAGCAACUAUCACUUGGUGGAAGGAUGGAAGACCAAUUAAGGGUGGCAAUGCUGUCGUUAGUAAUGACGGAAACGUGACAACUAGCGUAUUAGAAUUUGUUCCUGACUGGAGUGACCACGGUUUAACUUUAUCUUGUAAAGCUUCGAAUCAACGAAUACCAUUCAGUGAAAUUCAACGAAUCUGGAUGCUAAAGGUUCUUUAUCCUCCGAAAGUCAACAUGACUCUUGGACACGGACUUAACAGGGAAAGCAUUCAUGAGGGAGCUGAUGUUUACUUCGAAUGCCACUUAAUUGCAAACCCUUGGGUACAUCGAGUUUGGUGGCUAAGAGAUGGUGAGAGGCUUAUAAACAAUGCGACAUCUGGAGUAAUAGUCAGUAAUCAGACCUUGGUAUUACAGGGUGUAAGCCGAAGUAGUUCCGGUCAUUACGCAUGCGAAGCAACCAAUGAAGAGGGUACUUCAAUCAGUCCAAGUUUUCACCUCCGAGUUAAAUUUGAACCAGUUUGUAAAGAAGGACUGGCCAGAAAAGUAGUAGGUGCCGCAAAGGCUGAACCAGUUCAUAUAGAAUGUAAGGUUGACUCAGAACCACCUGCUCUAGAAUUCCGUUGGAGCUUUAACAGUACUCCAAGCGUCUCUAAAGACUUAACUAAAAAUUCCAGAGAAGAAGGAGGAAGCAGCGUGCUGACCUACAUUCCUAACGAGUCAGCGGAUUAUGGUACAGUUCAAUGCUGGGGCAGGAACCAAAUUGGUUGGCAACGUAUAUCUUGCACAUACCAUUUAGUACCUGCCGGCAAACCUGAUCCUCCAAUGGGAUGUACUUUAGUUAAUGUCACUCAUCACUCGGUUUUUGUAACGUGCCAAAAGGGAUUUGACGGAGGACUAAAACAAAAAUUCGUGCUGGUAUUGCACUCUGGGGAGCAGUCCGUUGCCAAUAUAUCGGCGCUCAGUAGCCCAGAAUUUUACAUACCGAAUUUGGAGCCCGCCCAAGAAUAUUAUGCUUCAAUUUAUUCAUUCAACUCCAAAGGGCCCUCUAAGUAUUCAGAACCAAUAGUAAUCCGUACGCUCCCUGCGCCUGGUCUUAAAGAACUUCGAAGGUCAACAGAGCCUACAGAUAGUCCAGAAACUGGAAUUUCCGGCCCUUGGCUCUACAUACUUCUAGCUGCUGGGUCUACCCUGAUCGUGGCCGGGGCUGUUGGAUUUAUUGUACUAGCUGUUAAAAGAUUUAAGGUCGAAACCCCAGUUAGACAGCCUUCGGCUGGCAGGUCAAAACAAGAGGAAACUCCAAUAAAUUCCAUGAUACAGCCUAUAACUACGGACAAUCUAGUAGAAGAUGAAAACAACCCAGACCUUAUUCCUCCUGCUUACGAAAGCCUUAUUGAUUCAGCAUCUCUUCCUCCAUAUACGAUAACUGCACGGCCUCCGCACACCAAAAGGAACAGCGCAACGCAGAUGCCAGUGAAACCAUACCAUGUUACUUGGGCGCCUAUUUUACAAUCCAGAAAUUGUUCCACACAAACUCCGCCUCAUCACAAGGAGAGUUCCGUCUAGCAUCAGGACAAGGGCUCGGCUACCAGUCUGCACAACGAUUAUUAUUAACAACAGUAUUAAUUGUGAAAGGCGUGUAUAAAUUAAAGUUAGUCAUUUAUAAAGGAUUUGCUGUUAUGGACGCUCUAGUAGAGCAAAUUCAUAGUUUUUAGAUCAUUUGCAAUUUUCUAGGGUGUCUAAAGCAUAAGUCGAACUACAAAAUAAUAUAGUUUUAAAAGAUGAAUAUUUAAUAUUUCUCAAUAUAAAAACGUAUUACCUUCUAAGUAGUAAAAACAAAUAGUGCUUAGUUAAAAAGGAAUGAAUAAUGUCUUAUGAAUUUAUUACUUGCCUCUGAGAGGGGAAAUGCAAUACGCCAGAAGUCUUUACUAUCUCUUUGUUUUUUGUUAUAGCAUACAGAUAGCAAUUAAUUAUUUUUUCUGACUGUAGAUAGACAGACCAAACUGUGUAGAGCACAGUUAAGUCUAAGAUAAAGAGAGGAGUUAAGCUAAGCUAAAAAGAGGUUUUACAAGUAGAGCAAGAGUCUCUGUACUACUAUUUACAGUGCGACAUAAACUAAACGUAUAUAUGUCCUGCGUAUUCCCUUUCGGCGGCCAGGAUAAAUGGAAAUUUUAAUUAAGCACUGUCGUUGUCUUUUUAAUUAUUUAAAACAAAUAAAUAUCUUUAAUUGGGUAUUCUUGUUGGGCAUUGAUGAUAAUUUUCUAUCUCCAAUUUAAUGCAUAGAAUGAUUUUUAAUAAAAAGUUAGGUUGUCCUCAGUAAAUAGGCCUUUAAAUAAUUAUGAUUUACGUGCUUAAGUACUUACUUUAUUUAAAUCCUAACAAAUUUAUUUAAUAUCUUACAGUGAGGUCAUAUGAGUCCGUUAUAUAAAUUACAAACUUUACCAGUUAUCUAAAAAACAAAUAAGCACCCCGAGGAUGAGCUAAAGUUAUUAGUAAUUAAGGUUAAGUUUAGGGCUGUACAUGCAGUAAAGACUAAACGUCAUCUUAAUCCAAUUACCAACAUUAGUCUCCGAAGUCACUACACUCCACUAGUUAUCUAGAAAACGAAUAAGAGCUAAGAUUGAGCUUAACCCAGAUACCCCUGAAACUCUUAACGUUUGUUUUUUGUUAUAUACUUUUGUAAAUCUACUUAUUGGGUUAAAAUAAACAUAUUUUUCUAUUAAAAUUUUUUAGUUCCGCUUUUAGGUUUUUCUGUAAAAGCCGUCGGUUUAAACAUACGGUAGCAAUAUUAGGUACUAAAACUCAAUUAUUCUUGUAAACUUAUAAAACUUUAUUUAGAAACGAGAUUUUUUUUUAACCAAGAAUAAUAGAUUAGUUUUUAGUAUGGUAACUUAAAAAACACAUUUUUGGAUGAAGUGCAACAUCACACUUCUGGCAUCUGAAUGCUGCUUGUUUGUGGCAAAAUGCGCAGCGGAUUUGCUUUUCCUGAUAAUUCACAAGAUGAUCCAUCCGAUCAUAUCUGGACUCAUAAUGCAGGUAUUUGCCUGGUUUAGAUGGCCCCCGUUUUGUUUCUUUCUUAUAUGUUUCUAAUAAUCCCUCAGCAAUACACCUCCUAAACUGCAAAUAGUUCAUUUUCCAGCCAGAAUAUUUAUGAAGUUGACAUGCGUUUUGUUCUGCCAUAUCCAAAGCAUGUGAAAACAAGCAAAAAUACCACUUCUUUCCUCUGAUCCCUACACGGUAAAGGCUUAUAUUUUGGUCAACCCUAUCAACACCGCCCAUGUUUUCGUUGUAUUUUUUGAUCAAACAUGGCUGCUCAAUAUGUAUCAUUUUCUUUUCUUUCUGAGAGAAGCGUUUGACUUGCUGUGUCGGAAAAGGAGAUGUUACAUUUGAGGCGAUUGUAACAACACUAUUGUCAUUCCAUUUACAUACAA